AUGAUGGCCACUUCGCCCACCAGCAAUAACACUGCUACUACUUCUUCUUCUUCGCCCAACAGCAACAGCAACAGCAACAAGAAUGCCAUUUCGUUGACCCUCAAAGAUCCUCAAACGGGAUUGCAUCCAAUGUCCUAUUAUGGAUAUUGCAUGGCCGGUGGAUUUGCCGCCUGUGGUUUUACGCAUGCCUCUGUCGUGACGUUGGAUGUUGCCAAGGUCCGGACCCAAGCGUAUGGCAAGUCAGGACAAUGGCCGAAUGGACUGUUGGCGUCCAUUCGUCAAACCUAUGCCGGAGAAGGCAUGGCAGGAUUGACCAGGGGAUGGCAUCCGACCUUCUGGGGAUAUGGCUUUCAAGGUUUGUUCAAAUUUGGACUCAAUGAAUUCUUCAAGGAUUAUUAUACGACCCUGGUGGGAGAAGAAGCGGUGGAAUCUUCCACCUUGACCAGAAUGACUCUGUGGGCGGCAGCGUCCGGAUCGGCCGAAGUCUUUGCCGACGUCGCCCUGUGUCCUUUUGAAAUGACCAAGGUCAAGAUGCAAGUCACCUUGCCAGGACAAGCCGAUGGAUUUCCAAAGAAAAUGAUUCCCGCCAUGAAGGAAAUGUCGGCACGAAAAGCGGAUACCAAAUUCCCGUUGGGUUCCUUGUACCCAUUGUGGGGUCGACAAGUGCCCUAUACCAUGAUCAAAUUUGUGGGCUUUUAUCAGACCCAAGAAUUUGUUUACCAACAAAUCGAAGCAAUCUAUGGAAAACAAAAGAAUGAUUUUAGCAAAACAUCCCAACUGGGAAUUACCUUUGCCUGUGGUUACUGGGCGGGUAUCUUUUGUGCGAUUGCCACACAACCCAUGGACAAUCUUGUCUCCAUGAAGGGAAUUCCUGAAAAUCAAAACAAGUCCUGGGGGAAAAUGGCCACGGAAAUGGGAACCCGUGAUUUGUUUCUCAAGGGACUGUCGACGAGAGUCAUUAUGAUUGGAACUUUGACUGGAUUGCAAUGGUACAUUUACGGAAGCUUCAAAUCAAUGGUCGGUCUGGGAACUUCUUAA